UUCUGCUGGUAUAGACUUCCACAUUAUUUUGUUGUGGAAAUAGGCAAAGUUAGGUGAUCGUGGAUGGAAAGCACAGAGAAAGUGAUACUGGGAUAAUGUUCAGGAGGAGGUAUGGAUACCUACGUGUACAAACCUGCUAUAACCAGUGAGGCUUUACAAUCAGAAAAGUGGGACUGACUUUCAGCAGAAACCUCAAGAGCCAUGGAAACUAAGGCAAUGCUACCAGACUCGACGCAAUCAGAAGCUAUACCCCAGACCUCGUCCGCCGCUUCCAAUCGACCCUUUUCAACAAAAGAUGACUCAUCAGGGAGUAGUGGCAAAGUGAAGAAGAGCGAUAGCUUCAAGAAAAAGAAAAAACGGAAGUCAGAGGAGUGGACUACCAAGAGCUCCAAGAAGAAGAAGCUUGGCAAAGAAAAGUCUCACAAGGAGCAGAAAUCGUCCAAGAAAUCCAAGAAAGGCCACCCAGCUGCCAAGAAGGCAGAGCCAGAGGAGCAAGACUCAGACCUGGACCUGGAGAACGGCCUGAAGCCCAUCCGAGACUACGUCAAGGACCGGGAGGACAUGCUGGGGCAGAUGUUUAAGUGUGUCCUGAAGGCUGACAAGCUGCGGGCCAUGCUGCCAGAUAUACUCAAGGACGUGAAAGUGGAAGAACUGCAGCACCUGUGUCUUCUGCAGUUGGAAGGGAUGUCCAAAUCUCGCAUCAUGUCCAUCUUAGCAGGGGAAGAGAUGCAGUCUUCCUCUAAUGAGGAAGAGUCUGACUUGGACCUCGAGAAGAACAGCUCCAAGAUCGAGAACGCAGACGACAACCUCAUCAACAGCGAGGUGGUAGACUCAACAUCCAGCCUGCCUCAAGCCACACUGCCUGUAGGGGAUGUAGAGGAGGUUGUGUCAUUGGAUGAGGCAGAGGAGGAACUGGCUGGAGAGGAGAUUGUCAGGGGAGACAGUGGUGCAAAGGACCAUGCAGGAAAGGCAGAAGAGGAUGACGUAGUCAGCCAAGAUGGCAGCUUGCAGGACGCCGAUAGUGAGACCCACCAAAGGUACUGUGAUGAGGAUGCAGACGUGGAGGAUGACGAUGACGACGACGAGGAUGAUCCGAUCAGACGCUCCGACGAAGACAGUGAGGCAGACUCCGUCGUGGAGGAAAGCUUCGAGGAGGACCAGGAGGAGAAAGCAGAGAAGACGGCAGUCGGGAAAGUCAAGAAGUUCCGCCGCAUCAAGAUUGUGCGGGCCGAGGGGGAGGAGUGCGAGGAAGGGGAGAUAACUAGUGACGAAGUGGAAACUGAUGAGGAAAGUGUUCUAUCCAGACAAGAAGCUGAAGAAGUCAUGCAGAAACCAGAAAAUGACUUUGUGGAUGCCACAUCCCCGAAUAUACACGCUUGGGCUGACGCAGAGGAGGGUGAUGCCACUCAGGAGUCCCCUGAGUCUGCCAGAGUUCCCCAAGGUUGUCACGGUGAUACUAGGGAGUGCCCGCCAAACCCAGGUAACCAUGGAAACAAUGACGACGACAACUGUGAAAAUGUUUCAGUUGACGCUGACGGUGAUACCAGUCCUCACAUUGUUGUUGAUGUCAAUAGUACUAAGAGUGCCGCGGAUGCCAGUCAGGAUGUUACUGUUGGUGCAGUUGUGAACAAAAUCUUGUCUAGUCGCGAAGAGGCUAACGCAGCCCCCAGCACUAGAAUAAAGGAAGACAUUGAGAAUGAAAGCCUCAUUGUCUUUGCCAAAGGCAACUGGGAAAUGGAGUCAGAGGAGAAUGUUGGGCAAAAUUCAGACAAGGAAUGUCGUGUCGAUCAUGGCAUUGGCGAGGUAAAUACAGAGGAUGAUGCCGAUGUUGACUGUAGCAAGAAAAUCAAGGAUAAUGCCAGCAAGUCUGAAAACAGCGAGGACGAUUCGAACAGGGAUACAGUUGAAAACAUCAAAAGAGUGCCCCAAACUGCACCGCCAGCCAUGCAGGCCCAGGGGGCACCAGCAAAGCCGUCUGGACGGAAAGUUUCUCAGGAACUGGAAGUGCUUGAGUUAGAACUUCGUGCCAGGGCCAUUCGGUCACUCAUGAAGCGGUAUGGGAAAGAUGUUGGUUGAAGCUGCCUUCAGGGCAGAUGGAAACAUUCCCAAAAUGUUUACUUACUUGGCAGUUUGCUGGAGAGCAAAGUGUGUGCUAGCUCAAGGUCUAACCAUGGACUAGUGCUGUGUACUUGAGCUAGCUAUCUAACCCAGUCAACUCCCAGUUUUUGGAUGAACAACAUGGGAAGAAUAAGCCACAUUUUUACAGAUCAAAAAAGUGUAAGAAAGAAACUUAGCUGUUGUUGAGCCGUGUUUAUAAAAGUACUGAGUCUUGCCGUGACCUUUUGCCAUGUGCGGUGGAAAUGCCAUGUAACUCAUACAUUAUACUUUGUAUUCACCUAAAAUCCAUCGGGUUGACUGUAAUUCUGGUGUAGUGCCCUCUGUUGUCAAUAUGAAGUUAUGCUUGCUGCUGGUGCAUUGCAUGGGUGUCAUUUCUGAAAUCUUGGUUUUGUUGCCAGCUUUGACUUUAUCUCCAGCCUGCAUGUGCGACCAUUUGAAACUUGAAACCUUGGGUCAGAAGUGAAGGGGGAGGUAGAAGAGGAAAUUGACAGAUUUUAGAAAAAAAAAUGGAUAGAUUUGGAACUAGGACCUGUAGAGAGUCGAUGGCCAAAAUUUGUAAAGACAAAGCCUGAAGCUAAGGGUGGCAGUGAAGUCAAGUUUGAGGCAUUGCACAGUUGACUUGUUCAGCCCACUCGGUAAAUUGAUGAAGUCCUUCAAGUCACUGAAUAAAUCUAUUGUGUUCUGAAAUGUCAAACGUGUAUUGACUGUUCUACUUGGAGGGGGGGUUAAGAGAUGAUCCCAUCAAAUGUUACCCACUCCAUGAUGUUCAGAAUUUUUUCCAUUUUGCCAUUACAACUGCCAAGCGGUUUCUCUCGGAGUUUCUUUUUGGUGAAGUGAAUUGGAAGAUCUGCAGUGGCAUAAGUAACUCAGAAAUAAGAGAAGGAACUGUGAUCAAACCAAUUUAGUGUACCCCUCGAGAAAAUGAGGGCCCAUAUACCACUGAACACUAGGAGUAAUGACCCAUUAACAGAAUGAGCAUCCGUUAAAAAUAAUAUAGCAAAUCCAGGUAAAGGAAUAAGUAAUUUCACUUUCCAAGUCGAAAAAUCUCAGUAUGAUCACAAAUCUUUACCAAGCUUUGAUUACCAAAAAUGAUGUCAACAUGUGUGAAUGGUUUGGGAAUUUUUUUUUUAUUUGCAUGACUUUUUUGUGCCUAGCCGUAUUUUGCAUAUCGUUUAGCAGUUUCUUUGGAUGCUGUCCCUUCCGUCCAGGUAAUUCAAAGCCUCAGUCUGAUGAUGUGAGAAUAAACACUUCACCCUGUACUGCCCUGUGGCAGGGUCGCUGGCCCCCUAACACCGGCACCUCGGACCUCAAGAUUUGAGCAGAGUGCCCAGAUUAGACAAGAGUUUGAGCCGGCGUGGAAUAUUCAACAGCCUUAAACGGCGCGUCUGGGGAAUAUUCACAAACGGGGGUGCUUGUCAGUGAGUUUGCAUCACCCCUCUCUUCUCUCUGUCUCUCUCUGUCUCCCCCCCAGGGGUGGAGAUCUGUCAUAGAAGUCUUUGGUGGCUGGUCAUGAAUUGUUAGGGGAGGUUUUGUGGAUUGGAGCAGGGGAUGAAUUUUGAGCAGGCCUGGGUUGUUGUUGCAAGAACAUGUGUGAGUGUCCAUUGGAAAAAGAAGUUCUGACUUUAUUUCUUUAGAGCUGCCUGUGGUGAGGAUUUGAUGCGUGGUUAUUUGACCCUGAUGGGAGGGAAUCCAGGCCCUGGUUUUAUUUCUGAAAAGAACAGUGCCAAAGCUAAACUUCCAGUUGCAUGUCACGUUUACGUGGAUUUUUUUCAUUUUAAUAGAACUUGCCUGAUGUACUUACGUCAGUGUGUAAAAUCUAUUUGGGAAAGAAAAACGGUGAAAGUUUUGGCUGUACAUUUACAUGUAAGUGUCAUACUUUAUUAGAAAUCUCCUGUAUCCACCAAUAAAAUACAAGUUUCAAUACGGGCGAUUAGUUUGCAAUGCGUUGACCAAUCACAGGGCGCAAAAUCUGUUAAACCUUUCUAAUGUACAUGGAUUUGGUCCACAGAUUUCAUGAACUGUGAUUGGUCAACAUGUUACAAACUCUAGGAGGCGCACUAUUGUGAAACGCCCGUACUGUAGAAACAUAAAAUAGCCACCUUUUUUUACAUUGUGUGAAGCUGUGGUUUUUUCCCAGAAAGAGAGAUGGUCACAUGCCAGAUUAACUCUCUGUUCUUUCACUCUUAACAUUACAAUUUAGCUUGUAUUAGAAAUUCCUACACCACCUGUUAUUUCAUGUGUGUUUUUGAAUAUAAUUUCACGUAAAAGCGAGGUGGUCCAAAUGAAAAUAACCCCAUUGGAAAGCCAACCUGGCUGUGUUGAUCGGAGGCUCUGCUUCUUUUCAUUGCUCUUCAAGGCAAUAACACCUUUGUAUGAUUAAAUUAGUCCCAUCGUUUGGAUCAUUGGACUCG